UGAACACGUAAUAUAUUAUAUAUAUAGCAGGCCGAUCUGACUUUAAUAUAUCCAUCCUAUGUAAGAAAAUGGAAAGAAAAGAAAAACCCAUCGCGGUCAUUCAGCCACCACCACGGGUGUGUGUCAUGUCAUGAUGAAAACUCAAAUUUGAUGAAAAAACACAAGGCAAGAUCUUUUUUCAAGGCAAAAUCGAAAUCACACAGACAGACAAAAGAAAAGGCGACAGGCGGCAGGGAGUCCAAAGCGAAACUUCCAGCGCACUGACGCGUGACGUCUGACCCCGACGGGGCCCUCAACCUUCCCUCUCUCUCUCUGCUCCGUGGGCCCCACCACCCACCCUUCCCGCGGAAACCCACCUCGCAGUCGCAGCACUCGGAGGCGGCAGGUAGGCAGGUUGGGUUUCCUCCUUCCUCCUUCCAUCCUCUCCUCCCCCUCUGGAUAAAUAGCAGGCCGCGGACACAGCCGAGACCUUUCCAUUUCCAGAGUUCCAAGGCUUCCCUUUUACCCCUUCGCUUCCCAUGGCGCCGUGGGUGUGGGUGGCGUUGCAGGCGGCCGCCGUGGCUGCGUCCGCGGCGGAGGCGCUGAGCCUGGACGUCCACCACCGCUACUCGGCCACCGUGCGGGAGUGGGCGGGGCACCGCGCGCCGCCAGCCGGGACGGCGGAGUACUACGCGGCGCUCGCCGGGCACGACCUCCGCCGGCGCUCGCUGGCGGGAGGGGGGGAGGUGGCCUUCGCCGACGGCAACGACACGUACCGGCUCAACGAACUGGGAUUCUUGCAUUACGCGGUGGUGGCGCUGGGGACGCCGAACGUGACGUUCCUGGUGGCGCUGGACACCGGCAGCGACCUCUUCUGGGUGCCCUGCGACUGCAUCAACUGCGCGCCACUAGUCUCACCCAACUACAGGGAUCUCAAGUUCGACACUUACAGCCCUCAGAAGUCGAGCACUAGCCGAAAGGUCCCAUGCAGCAGCAAUUUGUGCGAUGAACAGAGUGCAUGCCGGUCAGCAAGCAGCAGCUGCCCCUACAGCAUCCAAUACCUGUCUGAUAACACAUCAUCCACCGGUGUGCUGGUUGAGGAUGUCCUGUACCUGGUCACGGAGUAUGGGCGGCAACCCAAAAUCGUUACGGCCCCCAUAACGUUCGGCUGUGGACGGACUCAGACGGGUUCAUUUCUGGGCACUGCUGCACCCAAUGGUCUACUUGGCCUGGGCAUGGACACCAUAUCGGUCCCCAGUUUGCUAGCAAGUCAGGGAGUUGCUGCUGCCAAUUCCUUCUCCAUGUGCUUCGCACAAGAUGGCCAUGGUAGAAUCAAUUUUGGGGACACUGGAAGCUCAGAUCAGCAGGAAACCCCGUUAAACAUGUAUAAACAAAAUCCAUACUACAACAUAAGCAUCACUGGUGCUACGGUGGGGAGUAAAUCCAUUCACACCAAGUUCAACGCUAUUGUUGACUCUGGCACCUCUUUCACAGCUCUGUCUGAUCCGAUGUACACUCAAAUCACUAGCAGCUUCAACUCACAAGUCCAGGAUAAGCCAAGCCAGCUUGACUCUUCUCUGCCCUUUGAAUUUUGCUACUCUAUAAGUCCAAAGGCUUCUACCAAUCCUCCGAACAUAAGCUUCACGGCGGAAGGUGGAAGCGUGUUUCCUGUCAAUGAUCCAAUAAUUACCAUUACGGACUCUGUAUCUAAUCCGAUGGCAUAUUGCUUGGCUGUUAUGAAGAGCGAAGGUGUUAACUUAAUAGGGGAGAAUUUUAUGUCUGGGCUGAAGGUCGUGUUUGAUCGAGAGAGGAAGGUCUUGGGCUGGAAAAACUUUGAUUGUUACAGUGUGGGCAACUCAAGAAGCAACCUUCCAGUGAACCCAAAUCCUUCUGGUGUUCCCCCUAAACCUGCCUUGGGACCUAACAGCUACACUCCUGAAGCUACCAAGGGCGCCUCGCCCAAUGGCACCCAAGUCAAUGUCUUGCAGCCUUCUGCAAGUUUUUCGCCGAAGCUGCGUUGCAACAGAAACGUCCUCGUCGCCGCUGCUCUGCUGUUCCUCGUGAUCCUUUGAUCACCUCAACUCCCCAUGACAAUCUUUUCAGAAACCAAAUCGACAGAUAUGAUAGAUUUUAGUUAAACUUGGUUUACGUUGUAUGUAUUGAGUUACGUAUAGUGUGAUAGUAUCACAUUCUUUUGGCCUGUGUCCACAGUUCCAGUAGGAGUUAGGAUAGAACACGGGAUGAGUCCAUAGCCCUUUUUUUUUGCACGUUCAUAAUGUACCUGGUGGAUGUACUGUGUACAUAUUAGAUAUGACUUCAGGAUGUAUUGAUUUUAUAGAAUAAUUGAAUAACGAUGCUCGCAUACACAGAUAUAUA